UUCUGCUCUCCAUCACCUCACACACUCCUCACACACUCACCUCACACACACAUAACACACACCUCAUACACACACCUCAUACACUCCUCACAUUCUCCUCACACACACUCCUCACACACUGCUCCACUGUGUCUCAGGAUGAAGUUCCUCACUCUGGUGCUCCUGCUCUUUUCUUUCUCUUCACUGGCCCUGACAGAGGUUGUGAAGGACUUUGACAGGUCUAAGUGUUCCGAGUUCUUCAUCCCAAGCCCAAAUAAAAAAACCGCCAUCACCCCGACAAUUUUCAAGGGGUAUCAGUUUAAGCAGAUUUGUCAACACUGGAACAACAGAUACAGAUUUGCAACACUCUAUGACACAGAGCGGAGGAUCCCUGUCUACUCAGCCUACACCUUCUCUGGUCACAGAGAGAUCGUGAAUCUGUCUCUUUCCGAAAGCAUCCGAAAUGAAGAGUGGAAAAAUGAACCUCAACUGGAAAACAGUAGGAACGGUCCAGACAUGAAGAAGAUCUCCGAUGCUGAGAUGGACGAGUGUUUUCACCAGGCUGUGGACAGAGACUAUAAAGAGAGCAGCAAAUAUACUAAUAUUGCUUAUACUAGAGGUCACGUGUUUCCACGUCAGUAUGCUGCUGAUGAGGAUCAGGCAGAUUCCACCUUCACGUUUACUAAUGUAGCACCACAAACACAACAUAGCAAUGGGAAAUGGGCAGAACAAGUAGAGACACCGAUGAUGAGAGAGAUAGAGACCAAGUGCAGGCCAAAUCGAUCAAAACCAGCUUAUAUAGUGACUGGAGUUGUCCCAGGGAAUAAAUGGAUAGCCAUAACAAAAAAAGGAAAAAAUAAACCUAAAAUAUUUGACCAAGGUGUUAACAUUCCCAGUUAUUACUGGACUGCUUUCUGUUGUAACAUCAAUAAGAACGAAAGAUUUUCAAAAGCCUACCUCGCUCGGCAAAAUGAACCAAAUGACAAGACUUAUGAAUUAAGUGAGAUGAGUGUUAAUAUGCUGAACGCACACCUCACUAGAUUGUAUAAACAAGAUUUCAGCGUUUUUGGUGGUUUGUGUUUGACUUCACACCGUCCGAGUUCAUUCCCUCUAACCAGAAUUCUAUAGUUAGACCUUAAACUGCUUCAUUCACUUACUUCUUCAAAAAGCAAAAGCACUGAGGAUUUUUAAUGAAGCAGAGAUGAUUUAGUGUGCUUUAUCUCGCUUGCAGAAACACUUUUAACAUGCUUUGCGCUUUAGGGAUCGUAUAACUCUUUAAUGAUGAGAGAUGUAAGGAAUAAAACACUGCAUGUGUGGUGGUGUUGUAGUAAAAUAAUCAACGACAGGGUGGUGUGAUGAAGUGGAGUUACUGCUACACACUGAUACUAUUUUCUUAUAACAGCAAGUGUUUUAU